AUGGCGUCAGCGCCGCAUUCUUCGUCGUCUUCGAUAACGGCGACCGAGGCCGACCUCGAGGCCCAGAAGCCCGCCAACAAGGCCAACUACUUUCAUCUUCUGUUCGAUCAGGCCGGCGUCACCCCCGCCGUCCUCGAGCGCAAGUACCCCGGAGAGGGCACCCACGAGUCGCCCUUUGUCGUUGAUUUCCUCCCCGAAGAUGCCCACAACCCCCAAGCCUUCCCCAUGUGGAAGAAGUGGACAUACACCAUCCUCCAGGCCAUCGCCACUCUCGCCGUUGCCUUUGUGAGUACCGCCUACUCGGGUGGUAUUGCUGAGGUCAUCCGCACUUUCGGUGUGUCCACCGAGAUCGGUAUUCUGGGUGUUUCUCUCUUCGUCGUCGGUUUUGCCGUUGGCCCCUUGUUGUGGGCGCCUCUGUCCGAGCUGUACGGCCGUCAGUACCUGUUCAUCGGCACUUACAUUGCCCUCACUGCCUUCAACGCCGGUGCCGCUGGCGCUCAGAACAUUGAGACGCUCAUCAUCCUCCGCUUCUUCGCUGGUGCCUUUGGCUCCUCGCCCCUGACCAACGCUGGCGGUGUUAUUGCCGACAUGUUCAGCGCUUCCGAGCGUGGUCUCGCUACUGCCAUCUUCGCCGCUGCUCCCUUCCUUGGUCCCUCAAUCGGCCCCAUCGUCGGUGGUUUCCUUGGUGUCGCUGAGGGCUGGCGCUGGAUCGAGGGCCUCAUGGCCAUCUUCACCGGUGUUCUCCUCUUCGUCGUCGGUCUUACCGUUCCCGAGACCUAUGCUCCCGUCCUUCUCCGCCGCCGCGCCGAGAAGCUCGAGAAGAUCACUGGCAAGGUCUACAUGUCCAAGUACGAGGCUCACCAGCCCCGCAAGACCAUCGGCCAGCAGUUCAAGAUCGCCUUGUCUCGCCCCUGGAUCCUCCUCUUCAAGGAGCCCAUCGUCCUUCUCACUGCCAUCUACAUGGCCAUCGUCUACGGAACCCUGUACAUGCUCUUCGCCGCCUUCCCCAUCGUCUUCCAGCGCCACCGCGGCUGGUCCCCUGGUGUCGGCGGUCUGGCCUUCCUCGGUGUCGCUGUCGGCAUGAUCGCUGCUGUCAUCUACACCGGCUUUGACAGUCGUCGCUACACCAAGGUUGCCGCUUCCUACGGUGGUUUCGCCCCGCCCGAGGCCCGUCUCCCCCCCUCCAUGGUCGGCGCCUGUCUGCUGCCCAUCGGUCUCUUCUGGUUCGCCUGGACCAAUGGACCCGAGAUCCACUGGGUCGUCUCCAUCAUCGCCUCUGGCUUCUUCGCUGCGGGCUUGGUCCUCGUCUUCCUGAGUCUUCUCAACUACCUCAUCGACUCGUACGUCAUCUUUGCUGCAUCCGUCCUGGCCGCAAACUCUGUCAUGCGAUCUCUCUUCGGUGCCGCCUUCCCUCUUUUCACCACUCAGAUGUACGAGAACCUCGGUAUCCACUGGGCCUCGUCCAUUCCCGCCUUCCUCUCCCUCGCUUGCCUUCCCUUCCCCUUCCUCUUCUACAAGUACGGCUCCGUCAUCCGCGCCAGAUGCGCCUAUGCCUCCGAGGCUGCUGCCGUUAUGGAGCGCAUGCGCAAGUCCACCGAGCAGGUCACCGAGGACGAUGCGAUGGCCGAGGAGGAGAAGAAGGAGCACGAGCGUUCCAACACUGCCGGCUCCGGCGGUGUUCUCUCCGACGACGAGCGCACUGUCCAGGGCGAGACCCGCGCCGAGGACGACGAGGCCGCCCGCAAGACGCAGGCUUAA